CCCCCAGAAUGCUUGUGAUUACCUCAAAUACAUGGCGUACCUCUUUUGAAUUUGCAAGAAAAACAAACAUCUUACAGUACAAGGAGACAGUACAGACUGACAUGGCAGAGAGAGUGGCAGAGAUGGAGGAAGACAUUGGAGACCAGCCAGCUGGAGAGGAUGACAAUGACUCAGACAGAGAUGAAGAAGAGAGAUUGUUUGCUUGGAUGGUAAACGAUGAUAUGGAUGAGGAUGAAGAGGAGGAGGAGGAGGAAGAGGAGGCGGAGGAGGAGGUGGAGGAGGAACAGCCUUUGGACACUGAAGUAUCUGAAACGUUUGAGGUGGAUACACCAGCUGAGCGCAGUGGUCAUAUAGCAGUGGUUGACAGAAACAUCAUGUAUGUUUGGGGUGGAUACAAGAAUGCUCAAAACCAUGGAUUCUUUGACUUGUAUCUGCCGAAAAACGAGAUCUGGACAUACAACAUGGAGUCAGGAGUAUGGACAAAGCAUGCAGCCGGAGGUAAUCUGCAAACGUCCAGGUCGGGCAGCUGUGGGGUGUGUGUUGAUGGAGUCCUCUACUUAUUUGGAGGUCAUCACGCCAGAGGGAACACUAACAGGAUAUACCGCCUGCCCCUGAGAGCCCCCGUGCUUGUUUGGGAGGAAAUGAGGGAUCUUAAAGGACCCCCUCCAACCUGCAAAGACAAGCUAGGGUGCUGGGUUCAGAAAAACAGACUCAUAUUCUUUGGGGGCUACGGCUACGCUCCGCAAGGAACACAGCAAGGGACUUUUGAGUAUGAUGAAUCAUCUUCACUCGUGUGGGACAUCCCUGGAAGAGGCUGGAACAACCACAUCCACAUCCUGGACCUUGAGACAUCAACAUGGAGCCAGCCCAACACCAGGGGAAACGCCCCAUCACCCAGAGCGGCUCAUGCUUGUGCCACAGUUGGUAACCGAGGCUACGUGUUCGGGGGACGAUACAAGAACUACAGACUAAAUGACCUGUACUACAUUGACCUGGACACGUGGGAGUGGCAUGAAAUGAGCGUUCCUCAGCCUGGUCCUGUGGGCCGGUCCUGGCACUCCUUCACUCCGGUGUCACCGGACCACAUCUUCUUAUUUGGAGGUUUCACCACAGAGAGAGAGACUCUGAGUGAUGCUUGGCUGUACUAUGUAAGCAAAAAUGAAUGGAAGCCUUUCAAACACAGUCACACAGAGAGCCCGAGGCUGUGGCACACAGCAUGCUCCGGUCCUGAUGGAGAGGUGUUUGUGUUUGGAGGGUGUGCCAACAACCUUUUGUCUCAUCACAGAGCAGCUCACAGCAACGAGUUACUGGUUCUGAACGUUCAGCCCAAAUCACUAGUUCGGUUCUGUAUGGAGGCCAUUCUGCAGCAUAGGGAGCGAUUGUCUAAUUACUGGGACUGUUUGCCUAAACACCUCCUGAACAGCCUCAAACAGAGGAUGUCACGCGUCAACACACUGGAAUCUCCUAGGCUACGAGAAACUCCAGUCCAGAGGAUUGGAUAAUAUACAUGUAUGUAUGGAUGAGUGUAAUUGUCAAACCAGGUAGUCCUGUUAAAGCAUAAGUUUAAUGUGUGUGAACCAAUUAAAAAAAAGAAUCUAAGCAAUAGUGAACAGCUGUGGAAACGGUCUGAAGAGGGUCCAGACUGUCAGACCAUCCUCAUAGCUGUUCAUUACCUUUUCUGUUCAUCAUACACACUUUGAAAAGCCAGUCAAACCUUUAGAGGAGAAGCAGUGCCAGUGACGCACUAAUGUGAGCGAGAGCAGAAAUCAUGCAUUACAAUUGGGUUAUUCUUUGCUAAGCAUACUUUUAUUACUCUGAGAGGUAACUGAAAAGUGGUUUUCAUUUCGGUGUUCUAAGAUAAAUUGAUUGCUACUUCUGUACUGUAAACAAACAUUUGAUUAAGAUCAAACUUGACACUAUGACAGCGCUUCUGUGUUUAGGAUUCCAGUGAGGUUUUAUUGUUUAAUGCUUAAAAAAGUUAUUUUUCAUCUUUUUGGUAAAACAAUGUGUUGUGCGUGCCAGUGCAGUAGUAUUCACCUGCUAAGCUUAGAGUAUAGACAGAAAAUCCCCCUCGUGCUUUUCAGGAAAACCACUGAAAGAAAAUCCAUUGUGUUAUUGGAAAAAUAAUUAGUUUGGAAAAGGGGCGGGACUUCCCUUUCCUCCAUAAUGUUAGGACAUCCUGUCAGAUAACCCUAGAGUCCACCAUAGAGUUCCAGUCCUUACACAAACGCCAGUCGCUUUUUCAAAUUUCCUUCCUCAGAAGUUUAACUGAUUUACUGACUAAUGUCUUAACACUAAACGCAGCGGUGACCGGCUGGAACAGGUUUGCUUUAACAGUGCAGAUUGAGGAAGCCUGUUGCUUUAACGUUUGGCCUGAUCUUUAAUAUAGAGGUUUUCUAAAUCCUGGAUAAUUUAAGAUCUCAGACCUAAAACUAGUGCUUUGUUACGCAAGACUAUCUCCUCCGAAGUCACAGGAAUGUGAAUUUUUAUUUAUAUAUAUAUAUAGAGAGGUAUUUAUAUAUUUGUGAGGAAAUGUGUGGUGGGUUCUUUUUUCUGAAAGAGGCUUUUAAAAUUGUCAUGAGUGACCCCUGUAGCAUUUUAUUUUAACUUAAAGAGCUGCGAGUGUAUUGGAUGUUGAGCCAAGUUGCACUGAAACGCCUGAUGUCAGGGCUUUGUUUGAAUUUUGCCUGGUUUGCACAAUGUUCCCUUGAUGUUUUGUAUCGUACAACACAAUGCAUAUUGUUACUUCAUACUCACAGAAUAAACGCAUACCAUAAGGUGUGUUCUGUUCAGCUUUGUUAAUUUACAUGUUUUCAUUUUUGAAGAAAUUGUAUGUCAACAAAUACAAUCAAUAAUUAAAAUAAAAUGAUUGAUAUUCAACAGGAGA